AACAGAAUACAUCCUCCACUUCUGAUGAAAGCACUGUAUCUACAGUAGGACAUGCAUUUAAGAUGUUUGGAGGCUAUUUUUCCAGUUUUGGCCUGGUGAAAAAGUUAUUGUCUGCUGGCCUGAAUUGUACAAACAACUUGUAUUUAUGCACCAAACCAAUAGUUUGUUCAAUCCUCUUAAAUCACAUGACUCUUCUCAUAGUGAUGGUGAGCUCUGUGAUGAACUUAGGAACAUUUUAUUGACAUUUCUGUGGGAUAUCAAAGGUUAUCUGAUUGCCAGUAAAUGGAGUUAAUAUUGUUUUCUUAUUGCAUAAUCAGCCUUGAUUCAAAGGGGGUGUUAGAAAUUGUCAGGUCACAAAUAAAUAUCAGUCCAGCAGCCAGGGGGAUCGAAUAAGUCAGGGGUAGAUAACGGAGAGACUCUUUUUCUUUUAACUAACUUGAAGAUUUUUAUCCGACAUGCUCUGGUUUCUUUUGCUGUUCUGUGGCUUGUCUUUGGCUGAGGAGGGUGCCAAUGAUCCUGAAACACAGUCAUGCUUUCCUGACAUGUGUAAUCUCCUGAAAGAGGUUGGUGCCAUGUCAGAAAAAAUCAAAUCUUUGGAAACCAGGCUGCAGGACAGUGAAACCAGGCUGCAGGUCAGUGAAACCAAGCUGCAGAACAGUGAAACCAAGCUGCAGAACAGUGAAACCAGGCUGCAGAACAGUGAAAGUCAAAUUCUGGAACUGAAGAAUAAAGAACGAACCAAGGUGAUCUUCAGUACAGCGGUAGGAGAAGGAAGCAAACACAUUGGACCUUUCACCACAGACACAACUUUAAUCUACAAAACAGUGUUUACAAACAUUGGAAACGGCUACAAUGCAGCCACAGGUAUCUUCACUGCACCUGUUGCAGGUGUUUAUUACUUCACCAUAUUUUUUCAUGCUGGAAAGGAACAUAAGGCAUCUUUGCAUCUCUACAAGAACUCUGAUGCGAAACUCUCUACCCAUGAUCACGCUACAGAGACCGACUUUGCUGAUAAUGGAGGAAACGCAGGGUAUCUUCAUCUACAGCAAGGAGACCAAGUGUAUGUGCGCCUGUUUAAAAAUUCACAUGUUUGGGGAAACGGCGGUUAUACGACUUUUAGUGGUUCUUUGGUCACUCAAAUGUGAGAAUCAAUACUCUAAUUUUCCUUCUUAAAUGUGUCUAUUACCAUUAUCUAUAAAUGUUCUGUUAAUUAUCAAAUAGAAAUUCUGAUUUUGAGAUUAGCUUCAUUUAAUUAAUUAAAAGUUAAUGAAAUCAGAAAUUGCUUGCCCACUCACAUUGGUUGGUUGUAGAGUUGACAUGACUCAGGUUUUGUGAAUCAAAGCGCAGGAUGGUCCAACAUUCAUUUACAAGAUCUCAUCAUUUCUUUAAGGUCAUUUGAAAAACAUAAACAGACUCAAGUCAUAAACUUAAAAAUGUCCUUUUGGUGAAUCAACUUUUUGAUUCACUCUUUUAAAAAGGUCCCAUCUGUAAGAUAUUUACUGAAUUAAAUCAUAAAAUGACCUUACUAUAUGAUCAGACAUUUAAGAAACAUGCUAAGUUGAAGAGCUGGCUUUUCUGUCAACAACGCAGCAGCCAGUAUGUCUUCCUCUAAGUUUAGAUUUCUGUGCGGAAUAGUCUGUUUCUGUUUUGAGGUUAGAACGCAGAAAGGUUUCAAGACCGAUGCAGAGCUGCACCUAAACACUGAAGCUACUGUGUCCAGUAUAUGGCAACCUGCGUAUGCCUUGACUCUAGGGAGGAGGGAGCGAGGCGAGACAGCUCGAUUCAAUGUUUUUAAUUUGAACUGCAAUACCUAUUUUAAACACUAGGUGUCAAAGUUACCUAUUGCUCCUUUAACUUCCUGAUAUGAAAAUCUGCGAUGUAAUUUUGUUACUUACAAUAGAACGAUUCCAUCUUAAUUUGAUAAAAUAUGAAUUUACUCUCUCUGAAUGUGGUCUGCCCUUCAUUUAUUGCCUUGUUACUCUUCCUAUCAUACCUGACUUUCUUUCUUGACA